AUGGGUAAAUACAAGCGAAAGAGCGAUAGAUCAUUAAAAUUUACUCAAGAAAUCAUCGACCAAGCAAGGGACCGCAUCGCAAAAGGGGAAAGUAAAAGAUCGGUCGCAAAGUCCUUUCAUGUGAAUGAGUGUACAUUAAGAAAAAGAUUGCGAGAGGGUACUAUUCCAUCUAGUCUGGGUAGAUUUAAGCCUGUAUUUUCACAAGCACAGGAAAAGGAAUUGGCUGACCAUAUCAAAGAUCUAGAUAACAGAUUUUAUGGACUGCGUAUGAAAGAUGUUAGGUACUUGGCCUUUCAGUAUGAAGAAUUAAAUAAAAUUCCGCAUAGGUUUAAUACAGAAAACAAGAUGGCGGGGAAACACUGGGUACAAGAUUUUGCAGCAAGAAAUACUUUGUCUCUCAGAGCUCCAGAAAAAUGCAGCUUAGGUCGCGCUAUCGGCUUUAAUAAAGUUCAGUGUCAACGCUUUUUCGAAAAUUUAAAAAUAGUUUACGAAAAAUUAAAACUACCACCACACAGGAUCUUUAAUAUGGACGAGACGGGAUUAUCUACCGUACCAAACAAGCUCCCAAAAGUUUAUGCUUGUAAAGGGAAGAAAACUGUGUCAAAAGUUGUAUCAGGUGAACGAGGUCAGCUAGUUACGGCUGUAUGCUGCAUGAGCGCUGGUGGUACUUGGGUUCCGCCAGGUCUUAUUUUCGCAAGAAAAAGAAUGAAGGAGGAACUUUUUUUUGGAGCACCUCCUGGGACAUUAAAAAUGAUCUCAGAUUCAGGUUAUAUGAACACUGAUUUGUUUGUAAUUUGGUUGCGACAUUUUUGCGACUUUGUAAAACCAUCCGAAACAGAUCCAGUGGUUUUAAUAAUGGACAAUCACACAUCUCAUUGCUCAUUGGAGACCAUUUUAUUCUCUAGAAGUCAUUUUAUAACGCUACUAACCCUACCUCCUCAUGCAAGCCAUAAAAUUCAACCCUUAGAUAAAGGAUUUUUCUUUCCCUUAAAAACAGCUUUUUCAAACGAAUGCGAUAAAUGGAUGGUCAACAACCCUGGACGCCCUAUUACUUUAAAAGAAAUGGCUGCCAUUUUCCAUUUUGCUUAUUCAAAAGUCACUACUAUAGAAAUAUGUGAAAAAUCAUUUGCUUGCACUGGGUUGUUUCCUUAUAACCCAGACGUUUUUAGUGAUUUAGAUUUUGCUCCAUCUGAGGUCACAAACAGACCACAUCUAGACCUGGCCCAAGAAACUCAAUCUGAAAUACAAAGAAUCGAAUCAUCUGUUGAAGAGAGUUCAUUUGAUGACGAUUGCACUCUUGCAGAAGUAAGAAAUACCAUAAUAAAAGAAAACUUAAGAUUAACCGAAGAAAAGCAAUCUACGAUUCCCGAACCACAAAGUUCAGACGUUACUGAAAGUACAGCUUACUUUAAAGCAGCUCCUAAGGAACUAAGUGAACCAGGUACAAGUGGCUAUAUCCCGCCUAAAAACGAUAAGGAAAAAUUAUUUGAAAAUGAGCAAACUAGAACACCAAGUCCAAAAAGUACAGGCUUUACCAAAAUUUCAACUUAUGUUGAGGCUACGUCUGCGGCACCGAUUGAUCUAGGUUUAAGUGUUUGUAUUACUCCUAAAAUGAUUUUACCGUUACCAAAAGCUACCCAUGAACAAGUAAGAAGAACUAAAUCUAAAAAGUCGGAAAUCCUGUCAUCUACCCCAUACAAAGACAAAUUGUUGGAAGAAAAAGAUAGGCGUAAAGAAGGCCUAAAGAAAAAGGGAGGAAAAAGAAAAGUUUUUGGUGAUUCUGGGCAAAAUACAGAAAUCCAGAAGAAGAAAAAAGUUGACAAUGAAAAAGACAAUACGAUUUGUGAGAAGGAGUCGGCGUUGGCGUUGGCCGCGAAGAAGUGCGGCGCAGCAGGAGGUGGUCGCGGCGCCGGCGGUCCCCCCGUUGGCUGUCCCCCUACUACAAGAGCAGUGUCUUUUCCUGAACAGCAGCAGCGCCCGAGCAGUAACAGCAGAAGCAGGGGGACCGCCCCCCGGCCUCCGGCCACGCCCACACGCAUGGAGCACCACCCACCGCCAGCCAGCGCGGCCCACCAUCAUCAACACCACCAUCAUCACCACCACCACCAUAGUCACCACAACGCCACUGCGCACGCGCCGGCUUCCGCAACCGCCACUGCUGCGGCGGAACAUACGCAGACACAUCCAGCAGGGCAACCACCCUCGUCGGCCAAUCGGGAGCCCCGUCCAUGUCACAGGCCGAGUGCUUUUCAGAAGGUAAACUUAUAG